AUGUAUAUUGCACCGGCAGUUAUUUUUAUUAUACAAUAUUUUUGCUUGGCUGAAAAUCCUUGCACAAACGGCGGUAAAUGGAUUUCACACGAUUGUACUACAACUAACGAUUGUAAACUAAGAACAAUUUCUGCUGUUCAAUGUUUAAAUAAUGAAUGUUGCACGGUUCCACAACUUACGUGUGAAAAUGGUGGUAUGGCUAUUGCUGCUGGAUGUGAGGAGACAACUGAAUGUUUGCCUUUUGCAACUACACAAGUUGCUUGUUUGAAAAAUUUAUGUUGCACGGUGCCGCAGCAAUGCCCCGAUGGCGGAAAACUUGUUGGACUCGAAUGCACGAAUACACCAUCAUGCAUUCCUUUGUCAGGUGGCUGUCCAGUAACAUGCAUCACGGGGAUGUGUUGCGCAUAUCCAUAUCCUUUGCGAAAAAUAUGA